GUCCCUGGCAACACUGGGUUGCUUGCCUGGAGAAGAGACCACAGCCAGGGUGUCAGCUAUGGCCUCAGCUUGAAGUGGUGCUGGCAGCCCCCCUCUACAGUCAGGAUGGAGAAGGACCCUGCCGCACACAGGAGACACCGGCCUGGCCCUGGGGCCCCACCCUCAGGCACAGCCCCUGGGCUCAGCAAAGCAGCCAGUGAGGGGCCGGAACUCCAGAGGAGCAAGAGUGUGGGUGGCCUGCUGCAGAAGGGGGACCCCCCAAGCCACCUCAGGAGGCCACGUAGGGAGCUUGAGUCUGAAGAUCAGAGCCAUGACCCAAGGAGGGAUGCAGAUGAUGCCAGUGGUCAGGUAGACCUAGAGGAAGACAGGAAGGAGAAAGACCAGGAUGCCCAGGGAACCCUGGACCCUAACAGUGGGAAACUGCAGCCAGAGACUGAGAGAAGCAGCACAGAGGCCAGCACCAAGGAGGAGCGGGAAGGCAUGGGCCCGUGCUCCAGGGAAGCUGAGGAGGAUCAGGAGCUGGAGCCUGUGAAGCUGGUCAGCCUUCUGGAAAAAGAGAAACCAUCUGCAUUUGUGGAGAUUGACCUGGGAGAUCGCGCUGAGGAGGUGAUCACCUGUGCCAUAAGAGAGGAGAUGCGGGCCCAGAUGGACGCAGGGGACCUGUCGGAAGAUGAGACAAAGACCAGCUGGGUGUGCUGCAUCCCAUACACCACCAGAAGGAAGGCCAAGCAUGGUGUGGUGGCCCUGGAGAAGUCCUAGGAACCGGCCAAGAUGGGAUGCUGCCUGGCUUUCUACCUGUAACAGACUAACCCUCAGCCAUCCCUUAGUAAAGACAGACUGGAAUGUGAA